AUGAUAAGGUACCGAGGAAAAAAGAAAGUCUUGGACAAAGUUAAGGAAUUGGAUGCUUUUCCUAAAGUUCCUGAAGAAUAUGUUGAUAGCACACCGGUUGGUGGAACAUUCUCCCUUAUCACAUUUUUUAUUAUUAUGUGGCUAGUUUAUAGUGAAGUAACGUAUUAUUUAGACAGUAACUUAGUGUUUAAGUUUAUGCCAGAUACAGACAUGGACGAAAAAUUGCAAAUAAAUAUUGAUAUUACAGUUGCGAUGCCUUGUUCCAAUUUAGGGGCGGAUAUUUUAGACUCUACGUCACAGAGUGUCUUCGGUUUUGGUGAAUUACAAGAAGAAGAUACUUGGUUUGAUUUGACUCAGGAACAGCAGGAUGCUUUUGAUGCGGUCAAGUAUCUUAAUUCUUAUUUACGUGAAGAGUACCAUUCAAUUUGGCAAUUACUAUGGAAGAAAGGCCAUGGCUCAGUACGAGCAACUAUACCGCCUAGAAAAACCAGACCUAACCAUCGUCCUGAUGCUUGUAGACUUCAUGGAGUCUUAACAUUAAAUAAAGUUGCUGGAAAUUUCCACAUAACUGCUGGAAAGAGUUUACAUUUACCAAGAGGACACAUACAUUUGAACAUGUUAUUUGAUGACACCCCACAAAAUUUUAGUCAUAGAAUACAUAGGCUUAGUUUUGGAAGUCCAGCUAACGGAAUAAUCUAUCCUUUAGAAGGUGAUGAAAAAAUUACCAGUGAUGAAAAUAUGCUUUAUCAGUAUUUUAUUGAAGUGGUACCGACUGACAUUGACACUACAUUUGAAACAAUCAAGACAUUCCAGUAUUCUGUUAAGGAGUUAGAAAGGCCAGUCAGUCAUUCUAAAGGCUCACAUGGAGUACCCGGAAUUUUUUUUAAGUAUGACAUGGCGGCAUUAAAAAUCAAAGUAUAUCAGGAAAGAGAAAACCUCUUACAAUUCACUCUACGCCUAUUUUCUGUAAUUGGUGGGAUAUAUGUUAUAGUUAGUUUUCUCAAUACUAUUGUGCUAAUGGUAAGAACUGCUUUUAAAGAGAAAGGUAAUCCUAAAGUUGUUAAUGCUACAAGUCUUGAAAAGUCAAGGUUUGUUUCAAAUCCCCUGUUAGUCACCCAAGAUCUAAAUGUUCCUGUUGAUUUAGUUAAACAAUGA